AUGAGCAAUCAAGGCCCUCCGAGCGGCAGCAGCGAACCAUGGAAUUGGACUGGGCUGAACGUCGGCGUUGCAUUGACUUGGAAUGGUUACUUUGAGUUGUACAGAUUGGUGCCGGUGCUGAACACCAUCGAAUCAUCUGGCGUUAAGAUCUUUCGUGGCAAAGGAUCGAUUGCCCUUGAGCGCAAAGGGCACAACGAUGAGUUUCGGUUCGUUCUGGAUGGAUGGGGUGGAAUCGUCCACACCGAGCACGACGGAUCCCAAUUGAUUAAUCAAGAACGUGGCGGGUUUGAUUUCCUCCUCUCGAACAGCCGACCAUGGACGCUGCAUGAUCCGACCAAAGUCUACGGAGAUCACACUACUUGUCGACAGUACCGUAUCACGAUGGCAAAACACCCUAGCCGCCCUGACACUGACAUUGCCGAGCUUGUUUUCUUGAUUCCAUACACGACAACUAAUGAUCAAGGUCCUGCCUUCCUUCUUGGGUUGCGCUGGGUGGCCAGCAUGGUGGCUCAGCAUUGUUGCUACGAGGACUUUUAUGCUGGCGUACACGCGAAUGAGAUCAAUGCCGCUGUUAAAGUCAAAAAGACCGGACGUCGCCGCAUUUCGUUUGGCAGUGUCGUCUGA